AUGAGCUUUGAUGCUAAUAAGAGAAUAUUUGAGCUGCAGGCGUUCUCCAUCCUGCAGCAUGUAAAGAAGGAGUACCGCUGCGGUGACUGCAGCUUCUGCAUCGACUAUGACCUGAUGGUGCAGGUCCUGCGGCACCACUUCAACUGUACAUCUGCGAAAUACGUCAACAUCCUCAGUCAAGGUAUUACACAGCAUCAUGGGCACAGUUACGGAGAUGCCGUGGCAAACCAGCCAGCUGCAGCCCAGAGCGACGCGAAAAUUCCCGACGCCCACGAGAGGGAGCAAACCGUAACCAUCCACCACCAUCCCGCAUCCACCAUACAGAAAAGCCCCUUCAGACCCUCGUCUCUAAACGCUGCCGGCAGUUUGGCUGGAAGCGACGCGAGCUUCACCCACCCAGUGAUGCUGUCAGCUGAAGACCACGCCACAAGUCAGGUUCAGCAAGCUUCCAGCGCAGCCAACAGACAGACUAUGAUACAGGAGAGUCCUGGUGAGAGACAGGAGCCUUCUGUACAGCCCCACGCAGGAGCAAUGCCACACCACACCCAGUCACCCCCAUCUCCCAACCCCGGACAGAGAAGGCUGUCCGCCAGUACCAUGCUUCAGUGGAAGGCUGUGUCCUCGCCGGACACGCUGAAGUGGGGAGGGGGGCUGUACGUGAAGCAGGAGCCCUCGGAACUCAGCGGAGUGAUGCCCGUCUCAGGGGACCACAUGCACACUCCACACUCACAGCAAAGGUCGUACCGGGUGAUGUCGCAGGAGUCUGUGAGUAGCCAGUCAUCCCAGUCCUCCUCCGUACAGCCCCGGCUGACAGUGAACAGUGGAGGGGUGGGGCCUCCCACAGCACACACAGCUGAGGAGGAGGGAACAUCGGAUAGUCUGGAGGAAGACACACCACAGGUGAUAAACUCUCCUGCGUACAUCGAAGAUGAUGAUGACGACGACGUAGUGGAUGUACCGGAGGCCGGGUCUCCUGCGAUCCUGCAACAUCCGCUGUACCCGCAGCUCGUACGUCACCAGCCCAUGGUCAUCACCACGGACGUCUCGGCCGGCAGCUAUCAUCACGUACCUAAUCAGAGACUGACCAACCCCUACCCCGCUAAGAAAACGAUUCAGAUGAACCACUGGGCCAUGAGAACUCUGUGCUCCUGGGCAGCAGAGAAGGCAAAACAACUUCAGGAACAAGGAGCGCAUGGGAGUUUCCAGGCCCUGCCGAAGGAGUGGAGUUCUGCCAGUCCUGAGGAGCUGAACUACUGGCUCUGUCAGUUCGUGGUGGAAACUAGACGGAAGGACGGACAGCAUUUCCCACCAAAAACUAUCUACCACAUCAUGCAGAGCAUCAGUCGAUACCUGACGGAGGAGUGUGGUCGGACCGACACCCACCUACUGGCCAGGCACAACGCAACCUACCGUCAACUCCAGGACACGCUGUACGCGGAGAUGAAGAGACUGGAAGACCUGGGCCUGGGGAGCGUGAACGCCGGCAAACACAUGAAAGAGGGAACAAACCUCACGUUCUCCGACGAAGAGGAAGCCUACUUCUGGAACACGAAAGUGUUCGAUCUCGACUGCGACAAGGGGUUGAUAACGGCCGUGUUUUACUACAACUGCAAACUGCUCGGGCUACGCAGUAUACAGGACCACCGGAGCUUACACUUGAAACAGUUCGUUUUCGGUUUAAACGCCGACGGCACUUGUCAGUACAUGGAUAUCGUACACCCCACUGGGAGGCAGCGGCUGAUAGCGGAUCCAACCAAUGCGCGGUGUCUGGUCAAACUGUACCACAGCUAUGUCGGACAUCUCCCCGUCUCGUCCGGGCCGUUUUACCGUCGCCCGCUGAAAGACGUCAAGAACAUCUCGUUUAGUAUUCAGCCUGUGGGAGUGAACCAGUUGUCAAACUACAUGUGCAGGUUACGGCAGCUUGCGGCCAAGCUUCUGGCGCAGAAGCACAACAUGCAAGCAGCAGGGAGUGCCGCAAUCGUCUCACAAUAAAUGAAUAAAUCCACCCCACCUUUUUUUAUUUCAUUCCAGUUUACAUUAUUGUAUAAAGAAAGUCUUGUAUUGGUUAAUGUCCACUUACGUAAUUUCAAUGUCACACAUAGCCUGGUUACCAAACCU